AUGGCUUUCUUCAUCUUAAUCUUCUUCAUGUUGCUUGUCUCAGUCUCACCCUCACCCUCAAGUUCUGCUUCAUCAUGGCUAACAGUUUCUCCUAAGAAAUUCGUUGAAUCUGCCAAUGAAGUUAGAACAUUUUUAGAACAAAUGCAUUCCACUUUAUCAACCUUCAACAACAACACCUCUGGAUUACCAAAUGGCAUUCAGGAUUGCCUUGAUUUACUUGACAUGUCCUCCGAACAGCUUAGGAUGUCUAUGUCUGCCAUGCAAAAUCCCAAAGGGAAAGAUCAUAAACUUGGAACUGGAAAUCUGAGCUCUGAUCUAAGAACAUGGCUGAGUGCUGUUCUUACAAACUCAGACACAUGUAUUGAAGGAUUAGAACAAGGUACAGCUGUUAAGGGACUUGCAUCAAAGGACCUUAAUCGUGUAAUGUCUAUGGUUAAGACUCUGUUAGCUCAAGUGAUUCCUGUCCAUGUUGAUCAAGUCAAGAAGGAUCAGUUUCCAUCCUGGAUUAGUGAGGAGGACAAGAUGCUAUUGAGGGAGAAUUUUAGAGUGAGGACUCCUGAUGCUGUUGUGGCCACUGAUGGAACUGGAGAUUACAGUAAAGUGACGGACGCGAUACGAGCGGCACCUGAUUAUAGCAUGAAAAGAUUUGUUAUAUAUGUGAGGAGAGGUAUUUAUCUUGAUGAAUAUGUUAGGAUUAAUGCAACCAAAUGGAAUAUUAUGCUCUUAGGUGAUGGCAUUGGUGCUACUGUUAUCUCCGGUAGCCGGAAUUAUGCCGACGGUUAUAAAACGUUCAACACUGCUACUUUUGCUGUUGAUGCUGUAGGGUUUAUAGCAUGCAACAUUUCGUUUGAAAACACAGCAGGACCUGAGAAGGACAUGGCAGUAGCAUUAAGGUCUGAUUCGGAUCUCUCUAUAUUUUAUCGGUGUGGGAUAUACGGUUAUCAAGAUAGCCUAUAUCCCCACUCUAAGCGUCAAUUCUACAAGGAGUGCAUAAUAGCGGGUACAGUCGAUUUCAUAUUUGGAGAUGCAACGGCUGUGUUUCAGAGCUGUCAGAUUUUAGCCAAACAAGGGACACUUCGACAAAAAAACACUAUCACCGCUCAAGGAAGAAUAGACCCAGGCGAAUCAACUGGUUUCUCGUUCCAGUUCUGUAAUAUUUCAGCUGACUAUGACCUUAAAGCUACCACUGAAACAUAUCUCGGUAGACCUUGGAGGAAUUUUUCACGAACGAUUUUUAUGGAAUCCCACCUAAGUAACGUGAUAGAUCCCAAAGGGUGGUUAGAGAUGGAUGGAACUCACUAUUCGGAUACAUCGACUUAUUGUGAGUACAGUAAUUUUGGAGCAGGUGCUAAGCUAGAUAAUCGGGUAAAAUGGCCUGGGUAUUAUAUAUUGGAUGAGAGGGAAGCUCAAGAGUUCAGCGUGGAUAAAUUCAUUGAAGGGAAUCUUUGGUUACCUUCCAGUGGUAUUAACUACACGGGUGGUUUAUAA